AUGGCCAUUCCUGUUACACCCAUUAUUCAAUUAAUUGUUCCUGCCAAUUUUUCCAUCCGACUCACAACCUCAAAUUAUUGGGUUUGGCAAAAACCAAUCCAAUCGGCAUUGAUUGGUCUUGCCCUUGAAGGUUACAUCGAUGGCACGACAACGGCUCCAUCAAAAUAUGUUGAUGCUACUCAAACCACUUUGAAUCCAGCCUAUCUUGCUUGGUACAUGCAAGAUCUUGUUAUUUUGAAUGCCAUCCUCGGUAGUUGCACCGGCUCUAUUCAACCAACUAUCUCUUAUGCUUUGACAUCAAAAGCAGCUUGGGAUCGCUUGAAGGAAAGCUUUGCUAGCCCAUGUCGCACUCGGAUUGUUUCGCUAAAGUCAAAAUUAGCAUCCUGUAAUUUUGCAUAUUCUCAAUAUAAGAAUAUUGAUUUAGUUUCUGGCAACUGGAAUACUGGACUGACUAACUCAGAUACUUAA